GGUCUUCACUCUCAAACCCCCCACUUGAAAAAAAAAUCCCAGUUUGGCUCUCCGGCUGUAACACUUGGUUGAAGAGUUGAAGUGUGAAGUGUGGGGAUACCUAAAGUCAUGGCGCUACGCUUGCUUCUUCUUGCCGCAUUUCUGCUCGUCUGCACAGUACAAGUGUCAUCAGAUAUCGACCUAGAGAACUCUCACACCCAGGUUGCGAAGGGAGCUAACAGGAGGCUUUUGCAGACCUUGGACUGUGGAGGGUUGUGCAAGGAGAGGUGUAGCUUGCACUCGAGGCCCAACGUGUGCACGAGAGCCUGUGGAACUUGCUGCUUAAGGUGCAAAUGCGUUCCUCCCGGGACUUCAGGAAACAGGGAGCUGUGCGGCACAUGCUACACCGAUAUGACCACUCACGGCAAUCGGACCAAGUGCCCUUGACUGUUUGCCUCCAUGGAUCUUUUCUAUCCUGUUAUAACGUUGGGAUAGUGGCAUUAGUAUAUAGUGUGUUCUAUGAUAAUAAGCACUGCUCAAGACCAACUAUGUAAUGCCAUCUAUUUCAGUAGAAAUGGUGGAUGUAUGAUCUCUACGCUACUCUUUUGAACA